AAUUGUGUGCGGAUGACCUAUUGUUAGAUAUGUUGGAAUUACGACGAAUGGAUGAACCGAAUGGGUCAAAACAAUUGUAUCGACCAAGUUUUGUUAAUAUCAUCUUCUUUAAAAGUAUUGAAGUAGAAUAG